GCCAGUGAAAAAGAAACUAAAGAGUCACUUAUUUAAUUAGAAGAGCUGAGGUGAGAGUCCACUGCAAUGGCUUCCGCCAAUAACGGAAAAGGCAACGGUAACAACACCGGCGAUGAGCAGGGAGAGAAACCCGCCGGCCUUGAGGUCGCAUUAGGCGUCGCUGCUGUCGCUCUGAUCUCGUGGCUUGGAUCCAUGCUCUUCGGCGGCGGCAGGCCGACCAUGAGAGCUCCGGGAAGGCCGCAGAACCGCAUCUUCAGGGAUGAGUUUGAGCGGGACCCGGCUUCCUACUUCCGUGAUCUCCGCGGCAACGAGUAGUGGAAGUUAUAUGUUCUUCUUUAUAUAAAUGGUUUUUGUUUGUGGGUUUAAUUAACUAAUUAAGCUGCUUAAUUAUG